CCCCGAGCGGUAGCGGGACCACUGGCAGCCGGACUCCAGCGCGGGAGGCGGCCGGGCCAGAGCGCAGAGGUACCGCGGCGGGCGCGGGGGAGCCCGGGCCCCGGGGUCGGGUCGGACGGGGAAAGGGCAGGAACUGGCCGGCAGGCUGGGCACCGAGCACCGUGCCCGCCAAUGCAGCCCAGCCCCCCGAGAGCCAGGCCCACAGCACGCCCAUGUGGGCCGGCGGUGUGGGGAGCCCUCGGCGGGGCACAGCCCCGGCACCCACCGACGACCUCUUCGCUCGCAAGCUGCGCCAGCCCUCCCGGCCCCCGCUGACCCCGCACACCUUCGAGCCCAGGUUUACUCGGGGCCCCCUCCUGCGCAGUGGCAGCGAUGCCGGUGAGGCGCGGCCCCCUACACCCGCCAGUCCCCGCGCCCGGGCCCACAGCCACGAGGAGGCCAGCCGGCCCGCAGCCACCCCCACCCGACUCUUCACUGACCCCCUGGCCCUGCUGGGGCUGCCGGGCGAGGACCUGGAGCCCACCUUCCCGCCGGUUCCCGAACCCCGCUGGUUCGCCCACUAUGACGUUCAGAGUCUGCUCUUUGACUGGGCUCCGCGGCCGCGGGGGACUGCAGCCCACCCGGAUGCCACCUCUGGGACCCCUGCCUCGACUGAGAACCAAACUGCCAGCUCAGACCUGCUGCUGGGGGCACCAGGCUUUGUGAGUGAGCUGGGGGGCGAAGGCGAGCUGGGCCUGAGUGGACUAGUGAGCCCCCCCGUGCCUCCCGCCCUGCCCAACACGGCCGUGUCCGUCCUGGAGGAACCUCAGAACCGAACCUCAGCCUACAGCUUGGAGCAUGCAGACCUGGGCGCUGGCUACUACCGCAAGUAUUUCUACGGCAAAGAGCACCAGAACUUCUUCGGACUCGACGAGGUGCUAGGUCCCGUAGCCGUGAGCCUGCGGCGGGAGGAGAAGGAGGGCAGCGGAGGGAGCACCCUGCACAGCUACCGCGUCAUCGUGCGGACCACGCAGCUCCGGACCCUUCGCGGCACCAUCUCAGAGGAGGUGCUGCCCCCGGGGCCCCCGCGGGGCCUGUCCCCCAGGAAACUUCUGGAGCACGUGGCCCCGCGGCUAAGCCCCACUUGCCUGCGCCUGGGCUCGGCCUCCCCCAAAGUGCCCCGCACCCUCCUGACGCUGGAUGAGCAAGUGCUGAGCUUCCAGCGGAAGGUGGGCAUCCUGUACUGCCGGGCGGGCCAGGGCUCGGAGGAGGAGAUGUACAACAACCAGGAGGCGGGCGCGGCCUUCACACAGUUCCUCACGCUGCUGGGAGACGUGGUGCGGCUCAAAGGCUUCGAGAACUACCGGGCCCAGCUGGACACCAAAACGGACUCCACGGGCACACACUCCCUCUACACCACAUACCAGGACCACGAGAUCAUGUUCCACGUGUCCACGAUGCUGCCUUACACCCCCAAUAACCAGCAACAGCUCCUGCGGAAGCGUCACAUCGGCAACGACAUCGUGACCAUCGUCUUCCAGGAGCCGGGCAGCAAACCCUUCUGCCCCAGCACCAUCCGCUCUCACUUCCAGCACGUGUUUCUGGUGGUGCGGGCGUAUGCGCCCUGCACCGCGCACACCUGCUACAGGGUGGCUGUGAGCCGCACCCUGGACACCCCUGCCUUUGGGCCGGCGCUGCCCCCGGGCGGGGGCCCCUUCGAGGCCAACGCCGACUUCCGGGCCUUCCUGCUGGCCAAGGCGCUCAACGGCGAGCAGGCGGCGGGGCACGCGCGCCAGUUCCACGCCAUGGCCACGCGCACGCGCCAGCAGUACCUGCAGGACCUGGCCACCAACGAGGUGACCACCACGUCGCUGGACUCGGCCUCGCGCUUCGGCCUGCCCUCCCUGGGCGGGAGGCGCCGGGCCCCGGCCCGGGGUGCGGGCGCCGAGCUGCAGGCGGCCGGCGCGCUGGUGUGGGGCGUCCGCGCGGCGGCGGGGACGCGCGUGUCCGCCAGGCUGGAGGAGGCGGCCCGGCCCGACGGCGCCGAGGUGCCCUGCCUGCUGGGGAUCUCGGCCGAGGCCCUGGUGCUAGUGGUCCCCCGCGACGGCCGCGUGGUCUUCAACUGCGCGUGUCGCGACGUGCUGGCCUGGACCUUCGCGGAGCACCAGCUCGACCUGUACUACGGCCGCGGGGAGGCGAUCACGCUGCGGUUCGACGGGCCUCCGGACCAGGCGGUCGGCGAGGUGGUGGCGCGCCUGCAGCUGGUGAGCCGCGGCUGCGAGACCCGGGAGCUCGCGCCGCCCCGCGACGGUCAAGGCCGCCUGGGCUUCGAGGUGGACGCCGAGGGCUUCAUCACGCGCGUGGAGCGCUUCACGUUCGCCGAGACGGCGGGGCUGCGGCCCGGGGCGCGCCUGCUGCGCGUGUGCGGUCAGACGUUGCCCAGCCUCGGCCCCCAGGCCGCUGCCCAGCUGCUGCGCUCGGCGCCCAAGGUCUACGUCACCGUGCUGCCCCCGGACGAGAGCGGCCGGCCCCGCAGGAGCUUCUCGGAGCUGUACACGCUGUCUCUGCAGGAGCCCGGCCGGCGCGGGCCCCCGGAGCCGGUGCAGGAUGAGGCGCCGGAGGAGGCCCUGCUGCAGGGGUGCAUGCAUGAGGGCAGUGCGCCCACCGCUCCCGGGGACCUGGCCGAGGAGAGGACCGAGUUCCUGCACAGCCAGCACUCACCUUCACCCUGCAGCUCCCUGGAGGACGAGGCCCCCCUCCUGCCCACCACCACCCCGGACCUGCUUCUGGCCACCCCAGCCAAGCCAUCAGCACCCAGUGCCGGCCGGGAGACGCCCCCCGCCCAGGACGGUCCAGGCAGCGAGGAUGGGGGUGACACUGCUCCCGAGCUGAGAGCCUCCUUCCUGCCGCGCACGCUCUCUCUGCGGAACUCCAUCAGUAAAAUCAUCUCGGAGGCGGGCAGUGAGACGCUAGAGGACGAGUGGCGUUCCAUCUCGGAGAUCGCGUCCACCUGCAACACCAUCCUGGAGUCGCUGGCCCGCGAGGGACAGCCCUUCCCAGAGAGCGGAGACCCCAACGGACCACCUCAGCCGGAUGCCGAGCCUGACACCGAGAGCCUGUCGGAGAAGGUGUCGCACCUGGAGUGCAUGCUCAGGAAGCUGGAGGUUGACCUGCAGAAGGAGAAGGCGAACCGGGCGGCCCUGGAGGAGGAAGUGCGGAGCCUGCGUCACAACAACCUUCGGCUGCUCGCCCAGGCCUCGGAGCAGGCCGCGCCCCCCGGAGACCUGGCCUGAGCCCGCAGCCGCCCUCCCGGGCACCUCAGGAACUCACCCUGCGCGCCGCGCAGUUCAGCACUGCCCCACGCCCCACCCCUGCGUGGCCGUCAAACUGGCCCUCCCCUGCCCUGGUGUAAAUAUUUUGAGGGGGAAGGGACU